UCAUUAAAAUAGUGAAUCAACAAAUCAUAACUUUGAUUAAAAUUUUUAAGUUUUAAGUUUUAAUUUAAAAUUUUAUUUCAACAAAAUUUUUAUUUUAUUAUAAACGAUCAACAAAAAAGAAACAUUCCCAAUUUAUGACAGAGUCCACAUGUGCAAUUCAAAUUCAAUUUAAAGGAAACUGAUUAAAAGGGGAAUCACUGAAUAUUGCAGCGCCAUUAGACAAAGCAACAAUAGAACAAUUGCUUUUGUAUUAAGAAUUUUAUAAUAUGUACUUAUCUCACAACUUAGAAAGUAGCUAUAUAUUACAAAUUUUAAAAGGAUUUUAACAUGUUUAUUUCCUAAUUUGCAUGGAGGCUAAAAUUUAAAAAAAAAAGUAAAAUCUCAAACUUUACAUUAUAAAAGUUAAUGGAAACCAUACAUACAUACAUACAUAUUUCCCGGAAUAUAAUUUAUACAAGUAUUACCACUUAGACUUAAAACAUGAAAGACAAAAAAUUGUUCGAAAGUGUCGCUAAUAAUGACAAAGAUGAAGAUAAUAUAUUAGAAGACGAUGAUAAUGUAUUAAUAGAUCACCAAAUUCCAUCAGGUUCUAAUAAUGAACCUCAGUUAUUAAUCAAUGUUGGUGAAACUUCAGUUAACGAAGAAAAUGAAGAGGAAACCAAUCUAAGAAGAAGGAAAAUAAAUGAUCCCGCAUCUUCAAUAUACGAGAGUUUAGAUUAUGACGUGUGUGAAAAUAAAUUAUGGAGAUUGGACCAGAAAACCCCACCUGCUAGAUUUACUUUAAGAAAGAAUUUCGCCCGUUUACUCAUUUUCAUUAUAAUUGGGAUAUUAACCGCGCUAGUGGCAUGUUCUAUAGAUGUUGUAAUAGAAAAAUUCUCAGGUUAUAAAUACGAUGCUUUGAAGAGAGCGGUAGAUUCAAAUAUCCUUGCUGGAAAUUUAACUGUACCAUAUAUAUAUUGGCUACUCAGUAGUAUUAUUCCAGUAAUGAUAGGAGCGGCGGCAGUAACAUAUAUAGAACCAAUAACCGCUGGUAGUGGAAUUCCCAUUGUUAAAUGUUAUUUGAAUGGAGUCAAAGUACCUAGAAUAGUUAGGGUUAAAACAUUAAUAGUGAAAGCUUUUGGUGUUGUAACAUCUGUUGUUGGGGGACUUGCAGGAGGAAAAGAAGGACCAAUGAUUCAUGCUGGAGCUGUUGUUGCAGCUGGAGUUUCCCAAGGAAAGAGUACAACUCUUAACCGUGAUUUAAAUGUUUUUAAAUAUUUUCGUGAUGAUCAUGAAAAACGAGAUUUUGUACUAGGCGGGGCAGCUGCUGGGGUUGGGGCUGCUUUCGGUGCCCCUAUUGGAGGUGUUUUAUUUUCAUUAGAAGAAGCAGCUAGUUUUUGGAAUCAGAACUUAAUUUUACGAACUUUGAUAGCAUCAACUAUCAGUUCCUUUACUCUUAGUUUGGUUUUAUCAGCAUAUCAUGGUUUGCAAGAUUUCACUUUCAAUGGUCUUUUUAAUUUGGGAAAAUUUGAAUCUUUGCAUUUUGAAUAUUUUGAAUUACCUAUAUUUAUUUUGAUGGGAGUCAUUGGUGGUUUGUUUGGAGCAUCCUGGAAUUCAAUUAACACUAAAGUAAAUCGUUUUCGUGCUCGAUUUAUACAAAAAAGUUGGGCAAAAGUAGUAGAAGCUGGAUUUGUUGCUGCUAUUGGUGUUACAGCCGCAGCAUGUAUGAUGUACCUAAUUAACGAUUGUCGUCCCCUUGGAAAUGAUCCAACCGAGUAUCCUGUGCAAUUAUUUUGUGAAGAUACGGAGUAUAAUGUUGUUGCUGCCCUCUGGUUUCAAACUCCAGAAGCAACGGUUAAAUCUUUAUUACAUGAUCCACCAGGAUCACAUAAAAUCUUUACAUUAGCAAUAUUUUUUGUUAUAUACUUCAUUUUAUCAUGCAUAACUUACGGUUUAAAUGUCUCCCUUGGAAUCUUCAUACCUACGGUACUUACAGGAGCUGCUUGGGGACGAUUAUUAGGAAUGUUAAUAUACUACUUUUUUCCGGAAGCUGGGUUUCUUGUUCCAGGUAAAUAUGCUCUUAUUGGAGCUGCUGCACAACUUGGAGGAGUAUUAAGAAUGACAAUAAGUUUAAGUGUUAUUUUAAUUGAAACAACAGGUGUUGAAACCUCCUUUACAUUUCCAUUAGUUAUUACACUUGUGACAGCAAAAUGGAUAGGAGAUUACUUCAAUGAAGGAAUAUAUGAUAGUCAUAUUAAAGUAAAUCAUGUACCAAUGUUAACAUGGGAUCCACCAAAAAUUUUUGAUGGGGUUAACGCGGAGGAAAUUAUGAGUCGAAAUGUGGUAUGUUUUAAUAUGAAAGAAAAAGCAAGACAUAUUUACGAAGUUCUAAAAAAUUGCAAACAUAAUGGAUUUCCAGUGGUUGAAAAAAUAGAUGGGGACAAUCGAACAAAUGGUCGCUUAUGUGGAAUAAUUUUGAGGUAUCAAUUAAUUGUAAUUUUACUUCAAGGAUAUUUUGAAGAAAAUAGACGGUCAUGGGAAAAAGUAGUAAACAUUCAAGACUUCCGAAACUACUACCCUAGAUUUCCAUCAAUAGAGGACGUAAAAUUCAAUAGGCACGAUAAAGAGGAUUUCACUGUUAACAUGGAAAUAUUUUUAAAUCCAUCUCCUGUUAGAAUCAAUGAGUGUGAUUCUGUUCCUAGAAUAUUUGGAAUAUUUAGAGCUCUUGCUCUACGUCAUAUGAUUGUUGUUAACAAGGAUAACGUAGUUUCGGGAAUUAUAACACGGCGAGAUUUCCUGGUUAAAGAAAAUUAAUUGCAUCUAAAAAGGUGUUUUUUUUUUGUUAAAUGCCAAGAUGUGAUUCGAUUACUGUUCGAUAAAACUUUAAGUCGAUUAUUAUUAUCCUAUUUUAAGAUCAGUUAAAUAUUAUUCAUGCAUAUAAUUCGAAUAUGUAUUAUAUUUUAUCUAAAUAUGUACAAUAUUGUUAUCAAAAAUAAACUUGCAAAUAACGUUUUUAAAAAACAA